CGGGUGGUUAUGUAGCUUGUAGCCGGGUGUCGUCUGCCCUCUGCUUUGCCGUAGUUGGAUGAAUCAGUCGACGUUCACAGUCCUUGGGAUAUGACUGUGCUUUUGUAGUAGAGAGCUAACUUUAGCUAUACCGUUAGCUGGUUGUCAGGUUUUAGGAUUACGUUGACCGAAAAAGAGGAAUUCGAGUGCCAACGCAUUAUUUGGACUAACUCGUGACUUUCGUUGGCCUUCAUAUUUUUAAAUAUGACGUUGUUAAUGUUAUUGUUAAUAAGGAAGCUAACUUAACUUUAGCUAGAUGACUAGCUAGUGUGUCAUCAACUUGUGAAUCUCACAACUUAUUCACUCCAUAACAAUCCUAACGAUUCACCGUUAAGAGGUAGCUAGCAGGGAAAUUGCUAGCCGUCGUAUUAGCCAAGUAGCAUUAAAAACGUGCACGGAGAAGCCGAAGGAACUUAGACACAGUAAAAUUCGCUAGCAUAGUGAAGCUAGCCGGUUGGAAUUUGUGAUAUGAAAAAGGCGCAGUCUGACACAUUGGGGUUUGUUCCUCAAAAGGACAUCGUAUACAACAAACUUCUGCCCUAUGCAGAAAAGCUAGAUGAUGAAUCAAAUGAUAUUUUGAGUAAAAUAAAAGGAAACUUGUGCCGAGCUGUACAGCUCAGAGAGAUAUGGCCCGGUGUGCUGUUUUGGACAAGGAAACUCUCCACGUAUAUGAGACUGUAUGGGCGGAAGUUCAGCAAAGAAGACCAUGUGCUGUUCAUCAAGUUGCUCUACGAGCUAGUGACGAUCCCCAAACUGGAGAUCAGCAUGAUGCAGGGCCUUGCUCGGCUUCUUAUCAACCUCCUCAAGAAAAGAGAGCUACUGUCACGGGAGGACCUUGAGUUGAACUGGAGACCGCUGUAUGAGCUGUACGACAGGAUUCUCUUCUCCAAGACAGAGCAUCUGGGUCUCAACUGGUUCCCCAAUUCUCCAAGGCCUCGUUCAUCCUCUAAACACUUAAUGAUAAAAUUGGUUCAGAGGUGCUCUGUGGAAAACGUGCUGAAAACACUUGUGAAAAGCUGCAGACCAUACUUUCCGGAGUCUGCUUCUCAGGAGAUGCUGGAUGAAUGGAGACCACUCCUCUGUCCCUUUGAUGUCACAAUGCUAAAAGCCAUCAGCUACUUUGAACUCUUUCUACCCACGACUCUGCCUCCAGAGCUGCACUGCAAGGGGUUCAAGUUGUGGUUCGAUGAGUUCAUAGCUUUAUGGUUGUCUGUGCAAAAUCUUCCAAGCUGGGAAAUGCAUCUGGUCAAUCUCUUUGCUCGCUUGUCCAAUGACAACAUCGGCUACAUUGAUUGGGACCCUUACAUCCCGAAGAUUUUCACAAGAAUCUUGAGGAGUUUGAAUCUCCCUGUGGGCACCAGUCAGAUGAUGGUAGCACGAUAUGUCACCAAUGCCUACGAAAUCGGCCAUGUGGUGCUUUGGGUCUCAUCGCUCCUGGGAGGACCCAGCAAGCAGGCUCAGGAACAGCUCAGUGGCCUUUUCAACAGUAUUACAUCCUUCUUCCACCCGUCAAACCAUGGCCGCUGGUUGAUGAAACUCAUGAGGCUGCUCCAGCGUCUCCCAGCCAGCAUGGUGCGGCGGCUGCACAGAGAGCGCUACAGGAAGCCCACAUGGCUGACACCAGUCCCAGACAGCCACAAGCUCACAGAGGAGGAUAUCACAGCCUUUGUGGAGAGCAUGAUGCAGCCGGUGCUGCUGGCCAUGUUCAGCAAGACGGGCAGCAUGGAUGCAGCCCAGGCCCUGCAGAACCUCGCUCUGAUGAGGCCUGAGCUGGUUAUCCCCCCCGUGCUUGAGAGAACAUACCCGGCUCUGGAGACUCUCACAGAGCCCCACCAGCUGACGGCCACUCUGAGCUGCAUGAUUGGAGUGGCACGGAGCCUAGUGUCAGGUGGGCAGCGCUAUCCUGAGGGGCCCACUCACAUGCUGCCCCUGCUCAUGAGGGCUUUGCCGGGCGUUGACCCAAAUGAUUUCAGCAAGUGCAUGAUCACAUUCCAAUUUAUUGCUACCUUUGUGACUCUUGUGCCUUUGGUGGACUGUUCGUCCGCCCUACAUGAAAGAACUGACUUGACAGAGGUGGAAAGGGAGAUGUGCUCAGCCUCAGCAGAGUUUGAAGACUUUGUGCUUCUAUUCAUGGACAGAUGCUUUGCCCUGAUAGACAGCAGCACUCUGGAACAAACCCGUGAGGAAACAGAAACAGAGAAGAUGACUCAUUUGGAGAGUCUGGUAGAGCUCGGCCUGUCUUCCACCUUCAGCACCAUCCUCACCCAGUGCUCCUUGGACAUCUUCAAGGUUGCUCUUAAAAAGGUGUUCAACUUUGCAACCACCAACAUCUUUGAGACACGAGUAGCUGGCAGAAUGGUGGCUGACAUGUGCAGAGCCGCUUCCAAGUGUCACCCUGCAGAGUCACUCAAGUUGUUUGUGCCACACUGCUGCAAUGCCAUAAACCAAAUCGCUGAGAAUGAGGAAGUGUUGAAUGAGGAGGAGCUUGACAAGGAGUUGAUGUGGAAUCUCCAGCUACUGUCUGAGGUGACCCGGGUUGAUGGUGACAAAGUCCUCCCCUAUCGCUCCGAGGUGGUCCAGAUUUUGCAGUUGACGCUCCACCUCAAGUGUAAGCAGGGCUACACUCUGGCCUGCAACCUGCUGCACCACCUCCUCCGCUCCUCAGCUCUCCUCUACCCCAAAGAGUACUGCAGUGUGCCAGGAGGCUUCCACCAGCCAACCAGUGACUACUUACCCAUCAAGGACUGGGGCCGGCCUGGAGACCUGUGGAAUUUGGAUAUCCGGUGGCAUGUGCCGAGUGUUGAGGAAACAUCCUUUGCUUUUUACUUACUCGACCUGAUCCUCCAGCCUGAGCUCCAGCGCCUUCAGAGAUUUGCACAGGGAGAACAGGACAUGAGCAGAGAUGACGUCCUACAGAGCCUGACUAUCAUUCAGCACUGCCUCCUCGGGGCUGGGAGUCUGAUGCCGGCACUGAAGGGAGAGACCAUCCCUAAACUGGUCCAAAGCAUGGUGAAUCUAGAUGAGACCACCCUCUACACUGGAGUGGAGUAUGAUGACACCAGAGAGAACUACAGAGAUGCUGUGUGCAGAGUGAUGAGACAGCUGCUGAGUAAGAGUUCCCUCAGUUACUCUCCCUACAGCCACAUCUCUAACCAGGCUGUAGUUUGUGUUCAAACUCACAAUAAACCUCAAACUCUUUUUGCAGAUUACAUCCUGGAGCACUCUGAAGACGACACCAAGUCUCUUUUCUCCAUCAUCAAGAUCAUCAGCGACCUGUUGCAAUUCAAAGGUUCUCACAAACAUGAGUUUGACUCCCGCUGGAAGAGCUUCAACCUUGUGAAGAAAUCAAUGGAAAACAGACUUCACGGCAGAAAGCAGCACAUCAGAGCUCUGCUAAUAGACAGAGUUAUGCUCCAGCAUGAGCUGCGGAAGCUGACAGUGGAAGGAUGUCAGUACAGGAGCAUUCACCGGGAGCUGAUGAGAGAUCUGUUGAGGUUGUCCACAAGCACAUACAGCCAAGUACGCACCAGGGCUCAAAAUGUGUUGUUCACGGCACUGGGGACCUACAAUUUCUGCUGCAGAGAUCUGAUCCCACAUGUCCUGGAGUUUCUGAACCCGGACACCAGCAGUGUCUCACAGCAGCAGUUCAAAGGUGCCUUGUACUGUUUCCUGGGGAACCACGGUGGAGUGUGCCUGGCCAAUUUGCACGACUGGGACUGCAUUGCUCUGACGUGGCCCGCCAUCGUGCGCUCUGGCCUCAGCUCAGCCAUGUCUCUGGAGAAACCCUCCAUUGUGCGGCUCUUUGAUGACCUUGCAGACAAAAUCCAUCGCCAGUACGAGACCAUCGGCAUCGACUUUGCUAUUGAGGGUGAGUGCUCUACUGUGGCCAAACGACUCAUGAUCACUGGAAAUCCUCUUCCCAAGGAGCCUGUUCCUUCAGAGGAGGAAGUAGCAGAGGGUGUGAAAAAGCAGGAGCUCAAGAAUGCAGAAUGUGUUCAAAAUUACCAUCAGCUCAUUGGAGAUCUGCUGGAAUUCCUCAACAACAGCAACAUGCCUUGGAAGUUCGAACACAUUGCAAUCGGCUUCAUGUCAUUGCUGCUGAGAGACGACCGCCUGCUCCCACCAUCUGCCGUCACGUUCUUUGUCAAAAGCCUCAACCAUGACUCCCUCUAUGUUCGCAAGGUGGCGAUAUCCGCUGUGGCAGGGAUCAUGAAACAGAUAAAGAGGCCGCAUAAGAAAGUCCCCAUCAGCCCCUCGGAGCUCUGUGGAGGGAAGGAGCUGAGUGGUAAUGUAGCAGGGGAUCGUCAAGACAACAAGUGGCUCCAGUAUGACAGCAGCAGCCUGCCACGCACGCAGAAGGACUGGGAUGCCUGUGUGUUCGUGGAGAAAACACACUGGGGAUAUUACAGCUGGCCAAGAAAACUGAUGAUAUAUGCCCCACUGGAGGAGCAGCCCAAACAGAACCUGACCAGAGAGGAAAUGACAGAGCGGGAACAGAUCAUCUUUGACCACUUCUCCGACCCAGUCUUCAUCAAUCAGUUCAUCGAGUUCCUCUCCCUGGAGGAGCGUAAGGGAAAGGACAAGUUCAGCCCUCGCAGGUUCUGUCUCUUCAAGGGAUUGUUCCGCAAUUUCGGAGACAUCUUUCUUCCCCUGCUGCGGCCACACAUGGAGCGCCUGGUGGCCGACUCCCACGAGAGCAAGCAGCGCUGUGUUGCAGAGAUCAUCUCCGGGCUGAUCAGAGGCAGCAAGCACUGGAGCUAUGCAAAGGUUGAGAAACUUUGGGAGCUGUUGUGUCCGUUGCUCCGUACGGCCCUGUCCAACAUCACCAUAGAAACGUACGCAGACUGGGGAACCUGCAUUGCCACAGCCUGUGAGAGUAGAGACCCACGCAAGCUCCACUGGCUGUUUGAGCUUCUGAUGGAGUCUCCUGUCAACGGAGAGGGGGGCUCCUUCGUCGACGCCUGUCGUCUGUAUGUGCUGCAGGGAGGCCUUGCUCAGCAGGAGUGGCGUGUUCCAGAGCUGCUCCACAGGUUGCUUCAAUACCUGGAGCCCAAACUCACACAGGUGUACAAGAAUGUACGGGAACGCAUUGGCAGCGUGCUCACGUACAUCUUCAUGAUCGAUGUCAACUUGCCAUGCACUCAGCCGACCACGUCCCCGCGCAUCUCCGACUUCACAGAGCGGAUUCUGCUGCAGCUGAAGCCUCUCACCGAGGGCGACGAGGAGAUCCAGAACCACGUGGUCGAGGAGAACGAGGUGGGAGAGCAGGACGAGAGGACGCAAGCCAUCAAGCUGCUCAAAACAGUGCUGAAGUGGCUGAUAGCGAGUGCUGGUCGCUCCUUCUCCACUGCGGUCCCAGAACAGCUACGGUUGCUUCCCCUGCUCUUCAAGAUUGCUCCCGUCGAGAAUGACGACAGUUACGAUGAACUGAAGAGGGAUGCAAAGACCUGCCUGUCUCUGAUGUCUCAGGGACUCCUUUACCCAGAGCAGAUCCCCCUGGUCCUCAGGGGCCUGCGGGAGAUUGCUGGCAGCAGCUCCUGGCACGCUCGCUACACGGUGCUCACAUACCUCCAGAUUAUGGUGUUUUACAACCUGUUCACCUUCAUGAAUGACCAGCAGUCAGUGAAUGAAGUCCGGGCGCUGGUGGUACGACUGCUGGAGGACGAGCAGCUGGAGGUAAGAGAAAUGGCCGCCACUACUCUCAGCGGCUUCCUUCAGUGCAAUUUCCUGUCCAUGGACGCCCCCAUGCAGGCACAUUUUGAGGCUCUCUGCAAGACCCGCUUGCCUAAGAAGAGGAAGAGGGAGCUCGGCUCUACAGUGGACACUAUACCUUCUGCUGACCUGAUGCGGCGCCAUGCAGGCGUUCUCGGGUUGAGCGCUUGUAUUCUCUCCAGUCCAUAUGAUGUGCCCACUUGGAUGCCCCAGCUGUUGAUGGACCUGAGUGCUCACCUCAAUGACACACAACCCAUUGAAAUGACUGUGAAGAAAACUCUGUCAAACUUCCGACGGACUCACCAUGACAACUGGCAACAACAUAAGCAGCAGUUCACAGAUGACCAGCUCCUGGUCCUGACUGACUUACUGGUCUCCCCCUGUUACUAUGCCUAAAACCUGAUACCAGCCUGCAUUGGGGAGGAUGCUCUAGUUCUUAACUGAAAGACACAGCAUCACCCUGGAAGAAGAGUGGCACACAGAAGGAUUGACAAGUUGUGUAUUCAUGUAUUUAGCUCCUUGACAUUUCUACUAUACUUAAUAUUUAAGGAUCAAUCAUAGCAGGAAUGAAUGACCUGCAGUUUGUAACAUUACUGUACAGUUUUAUUUCCUCUUUUUUUGGUUUGUUUGUAUGCAUGUGCACAGGUGUAUGUGUGUGUGUGUGUGUGUGUGUGUGUGUGUGUGUGUGUGUGCUUUUGUGGGAUGCUUGAAGAGCCAUCUGCCAGUGUCCCAUACAUUUCUCAGGAUUCUAUCCCAAGUAUCAACUCUGAGCCAUCAUGAUGUCCAGUGUCAGACACACUCUUUACUAUCUCCCAAUAGCGAAGUGUUCGUUUCAAGCCACCUGUCUGCAACACACAAUGUUUGUGUGUCUGUUUGAUCUAUACGUGAUUAUAUGCAUCGUGCAUGUGUGUUAUCAUCGUAUUGCAAAUAUGCACAAACAUAUUUAUUUAUUUAUUUUACUUUUUUUGAAGUGCUAAGUUUUAAUUUUUCAUAGAAGGCAUUUCUGAGAUGGCAGAGCUUUUAGCAAAGGAGCCCAUUGUCAUCUACUCUUGCAAGAAAGGGAGAGGGCAAGCUCCCCACUGCUGUGCUGUGUGAUGCGUUUGCUGUGAGAACUGUUUGAUGACCAUUUCAUGUGUCUCGUUGCAAGAAAAUAACCACACCGCCUGUCUGUAAUCGUGACCUCUUCCCCUAUUAUCCCUCGCAUCAUUUACCUUUUUCUAAAAACCCACUGAGAUGAGAGAAAAUGUACUUGGUUUGCUUUUCCCUGAUGACUUGAAAUCAGUCCAAGCAUUUAGUACCUCACUUAUGUAUAGUGUAGUGCCAAAACUGCAGUGAUAUUUGUUUUCUUUUUUUAGAUGUACUGUUUGCUUAUUGAAUGAGAUGUUAAUAAAUUGUUUGUUAAAAAAAAAAA